GGAGAAGGCGUCCUUCAGAAGAGAGAAUUAUCUCGUUUCAUGGUCUGAAUCUAAUUGUUUCUUAAUUUCUUGUUUCGUAAAUUAGGAUAUUUAGGAAAUCUGGAAAAUACAAUAUCUUUAUGUAAUCUUCAUCCAAAUCGGAAACAGGUCCAAAAAUAAAUUAAACGUGAAUAGAAUAACGCAACAUGUAGAUGUUACAUUCAAACAUAAUAUUAUGUUAUCGAUAUCAAAGGACAACACUACUUAUAAUACUUUGGGUACAUGAUCUGUCAAAGCUGAUUAACGUAAAAUGUGAAAUCAAUUAUUUGUACAAAUGUGACGGCUUUGCUGAUAAUAUGCGUCUGCAUCGUGUUUAGGGCGCAAUAAACUUUACAAAAACCAGACCAGGUAAUGUAUUUCUUGCACACAAACAUGUAUUAUGUGGUCGAUAACUUACCCAUGCUGAGACAUUGUUUGAUCGUUCUCCAUUAUAACACCCAUUCUACUCUCACAACCAAUAGUUACGCAAGCCAUGGUUCAUAAUGAAUAACUAUUUCACAGAUUGUUUAUAUAAAAAGUUAAAAUAAUGUCCCAAAGCACCAAAAAACUAACGGCAGGUUUGGUAUCCAGCUGACUACCACAACAUCUCAAAACGGUAAACACUGACGUUCUAGACAGCGGUGUUUGUCUAUGUUUGUUUCUUUUUUCCACAGAGAUUGUUGCCAUAGGGAAGAAAGAGAGCUGUGAUAGUUUGAUCGUCACUCUAAAAUAUUAUCCGUCUAUUCUAUACAAGGUCUUUGAUAGGAAAUGACGUCAUAGAUUUAAAAAGUUAGUUUGUUAGUUUAGGUGGGAAACUUCGCGUAAUCUGUCUGACAAAUGGCGAAGUGCAUUUAUGUAAAAUUUACGAAAAAUCUGUAGAGUUCGAUUUGCUAAAAUGUUUUAUCCAGUAGAUUCUUUGAAACGAGGUGGAAGAUUUUACCUGUGCUGGGUGGCGGACUCGUGGCCGUUACGUUUUGCCGCGAUAACUCACAGGCAGCUGUGGUCGCAAGACAUCAGACAACUAUGUGACGAUUUGCUCGAAGUAAUGACGAACGAGUCUGGGCGUCCCGCCAAUAGAUUUUCCCUCCGUUUGAGUUCACAGUUGAUGAGAGGACUCGUAAGACUGUAUGAAAAGAAGGCUACUGUACUUCUGGGUGAUUUAUGUAUGAUCAAUGCUAAUGUCUUCAAAAGUACAAACAAGAAGUUUGUGGUACACGAAGUACAUGAGCGGCCACUUCGACCUGUGCCACAGCUGCCACCAGCUGUGGUACUCCCAGAGGAACCAGAGAAUGAACAGAGAGUUGAAGAAUUGAUACAGAACAGUGGAAAUGUGGUCUUGAAUAUACAGGAUAUUACAUUGAAGGAGGCUGCUAUCCCCGAUUUCCAACUACCACCAAAUGACGGUUUCGGAGAAGAGCAUCCAGACCAAGCCUUGCAGAGCCUCCUGGGAGACCGCACGGUGGAGAUGAUGAUGGCUCCGGAGAUGUCAGCGCCGCACGUCAGCGGGCUGGACCUACCAGCCGACGUGACCGACAAGUCGCACGACCGGUCGCGGCUGCCGCACGACGCGCCGCAGAUGGAGGCUGUCGCUGAACUUGACGUCACAGUGUUUAGAAAGUCAACAGCAGAAGAUCUACUACCAGCUUUUGAAAAAGACGUCCCUGAAAUUCCUGAUAUUCCACAUCCUGACCCGCCCGCUCCUACCGAACCCGCUCCUCCGCUUGAAGUGAAUGUAACACAACAACCGCAGGAAGAGGCCCCAGCCCCUGCGCCAGAACGACCCCAAGAACCUGCACCAACUGUGCCUGAAGACCUAGAGUUGGAGGAGUUGGAAGAACAACCAACAGCUAAGAAACGUCGCGUGAAGACCAAGUUGAUAAUCGACAAGAGGAUCAAGCUUGGAUCUGACUUCCUUCGCGCGAGAAUUGAAAACCCCAACGUGGAGCUAAGAUGCGAGGACUUCACGGACGCAAUAAUCGUAGUCCGCGUGCCCGCGGAGCAGCUCCUGAGGCGCGCGGCGGCGGCCGGCUCGCGGCUGCGGCCCGCCGUCUCCGCCACGCUGGCCAGGAUGUUCCAGAGGAACCUCGGCGUCGUGCCCGCUACGCCGCUGGCCGAGCGACAGGCUGACGUGUUAAAAAUGAGUACUUCUUGCGAUAAAGCGACCAAUACGCGAGCUUUUCACCUAUACUGUGGUAGUGACGUUUGGGGAUCGAUGGGAGAACUUUUCCAUACUUACAAUGAAUUCAGAAUACAAGUUGACAUUCUAGAUAGACAUAUGAAUGUGGUGCAGCAGAAAUUGGACUAUCUUUACAUGGAGCAACAAGAAGCAGAACAAGUCAGACAACGCCGCACACGAUCCGUUCUGGACAAAAUACCUGAAGUCGAAGAGCCUCAGCACCCAGAAAUUCCUUCAAUCGCAGUACACCCAGACGUAGAUAUGACUAGACGCGAGACUGAAGGUCAAAUAGACGUUCUCAAUACAACAGAAAUCCCAAAUAUAACAACGGAUGCUUUGAACAUUACCGAAGUACCGAAUGUCUUAGAGCAGCAAGAUUUGAACGUUCAAGUUCCGAUGGAUAUAGCGGACCUUCCAACGCAAAAGUUGGAAACUCUUUCGCAGGUAGCUCGGAAGCGGACCAGCGAAUAUGAGAGUCCUCCGAAACGGAUGCGAUCAGUUGGUUAUAAGGCGUUCAGAGAAAGUCUGCAACAGAGGGAUCUUCCUCCAGAUGAAGUCAAUGAACCUGACAAAGAAAACAUCCCACCGGGCACAGAACAAGCGCAGCUAACACAACAAACCCCUCGUCCACAAACCGACGCGCACUUGUCCACUAUGCUCCAAGAAUCCGGUCUAGCGGACAUACAACCGCCGCAUAUCGUCGAAGUGCCUCAGGAGAGUCAGCCGAGGCCCCGGAGAGACGGCAGCGAGAACUCUGAGACUCCUCUGGGGAGCUUAGACAGGACGAAAGUGUCGCUCGGAGAUUCUAUCAAUACUACAGACUCGCAGAGAUUUAUACGGAACCAGUGGGGCAUCGAGGGCACGAUGAUAAAGAUAAUGAAGGCCGUGAAAGCUGGCGGGACGGUCACCAUCCACCGCCUGCUGCUGGCGGGGCCCGUCAUGCCGGGGUACCGGAGCAUCAUCGCUGCACGCUGCUUCACUUCAAUUUUAAAACUAAAACAACAUGGAUUCAUUAGAAUCGUCAAAGAUCCGGAGACAUUAGAAAUUUUAGACAUGACACUGGGUCCUAAAUUUGAUAACAUGUAGAUUGUUUUACUACUUACUAUAUUGAAUACUAGUUUAUUAUUCGUUGUUAUUUUUAUAGUUACAUUAGUGUAGAAGUCUAUGCAGCACAAAAUAAUUUAAUAAUAAAAAAUACUGGUCUAUGUAGGAUAAGAUUUCAAGUUUCAUGUCUAGGGCUCACCCACGGAAUAGAAGAGAGGAUGGAAAGGCCCUAACGUGCAAUUUAUAUGAGAACCGCUGUUUCCGGUUCAACCCCGCUCUCUUUUACUACUACUCCUGCAAAUAGAUAACUACUGCUUAUCAAAUUCUGCAUACAAAAGUACUUUUUUGACAAAUAACCUAAAGUUUUUAGCUUUUUUAAAAACCUUAGUGUGCAUAUGAUAAGGAGGGAACUCCUUGAAUGUUAGUCGAUAUCAGAUUUUUUUGCCUUGCAUAUGCACAAUAAUGCAUAAGGCGACCUUUUAAUAUACUAUUGCGAAGCUCCAUGCGUCGGAAACUUUGAUGAUGAGCGUCGUGCGUUGAAGUAUUUGCUCAUACUUCCAACUUCUAUUCCGUGGGCUCACCCUACUUACACAAUUAUUUUUUCUUACAUAAUAUUUUAUUAUAAAUAUUGUUUUGAAUUCGUUUCAUAUGUACGUUUUGUUAUAAUUACUUUGCUUACUUGUUUUGUUAGAAUACAUAUAAUACUUGUGAUGGUUAUUAAUUAUUAAAAAAACUAGCUUGUCGUUAA